UGAACUAGCUUGCUGUGACAACCACAGUGACUGUCACCGGUCGUGGUGAUCCACCUACAGCUGCCCACGUCCCUGCGGUGAUCUAACAGUCAUAGAGGGCAACUUUAAAAACAAAGCACCCACAGAGGGGUCCCGUCUUCCGUCUCGAAGCGCCCUCGCCGCCCCUCGCAGUGUCCGCAGCUCUCGUCCUUUAAUCGGCCAGCCUCAUCCAGCCCAACUGUGGAUCUUUAGCCCCUCCAGGCAGGACAGUGGCAGAGGCAAAGGCAGAGCCAUCGGGGACCAGACCAGCAGGCAGCAGGGCUCCAUGAGUGCGACGGGGCAGCAGCAGCAGCCAGGUGGGGGCCUGCGUUCUCGCCGAAGCCUUGCCCGGGACAAGGACCCGGGGCAGGGCCUGGGCAUGGAGGCGGCCUGCUGCCUGGCCCCCGGAGUGCUGCGCCGGCUGAUCGAGCUGCCCGCGCCCCCCCUGUCCAGACACCAGCUCAAGAGACUGGAGGAGCACAGGUACAGCAGCGCUGGGCGCUCCUUGCUGGAGCCUCUGAUGCAGCGUUACUGGGAGUGGCUGGUGGGACGAGUCCCGUCCUGGAUCGCCCCCAACCUCAUCACCAUCAUCGGCCUGGCCACCAACGUCUUCACCACCCUCGUGCUCAUUUACUAUUGUCCGACCGCCACAGAACAGGCUCCCCUGUGGGCGUACCUGCUGUGCGCCGUGGGUCUGUUCAUCUACCAGUCGUUGGACGCCAUCGACGGGAAGCAGGCCCGACGCACCAACAGCAGCUCCCCGCUGGGCGAGCUCUUCGACCACGGCUGCGACUCGCUCUCCACGGUGUUCGUGGUGUUGGGGACCAGCAUAGCCGUGCAGAUGGGCACCAACCCCGACUGGAUGUUCUUCUGCUGCUUCGCCGGGAUGUUCAUGUUCUACUGCGCACACUGGCAGACAUACGUGUCGGGGACGCUGCGCUUCGGCAUCAUCGACGUGACCGAGGUGCAGAUCUUUAUUAUAAUCAUGUAUUUACUGGCCGCCGUGGGAGGAUCCGCCUUUUGGCAGUCGCUGAUCCCGAUACUAAAUAUCCAGAUGAAAAUGGUACCUGCCAUCUGCACUUUCUUGGGAGCAAUCUUCUCCUGCACCAAUUACUUCAGAGUUAUUUUCACGGGGGGAGUCGGCAAGAACGGAUCCACAAUAGCAGGAACCAGCGUCCUCUCUCCGUGCCUACACAUUGGCUCCGUUAUCAUUUUGGCGAUGAUGAUCUACAAGAAGUCUGCUGUCCAGCUCUUCGAGAAGCACCCGUGUCUGUAUAUUCUGGCGUUUGGCUUCGUCUCAGCCAAAAUCACCAAUAAAUUAGUUGUUGCACAUAUGACAAAAAGUGAGAUGCAUCUCCACGAUUUAGCCUUCCUGGGACCAGGUCUCCUUUUCCUGGAUCAGUAUUUCAAUAGUUUUAUUGACGAGUACCUGGUGCUGUGGAUUGCAUUGAUCAUUUCCUUCUUCGACUUGCUGCGUUACUGCGUCAGUGUUUGCAACCAGAUCGCCUGCCAUCUUCACAUUUUUGUUUUCAAAAUCAAGCCUUGCUCUUUGCUCAGCUCAGCUGCUCACUGAGGACACGCGGGCCUCCAUUGACUCUGCCCCCCCCCCCCCCCCUGUGACCCUCCUGACCCCCACCAAACCCCUCCCCCCGAGUCGCACCCGUCUUUUUUUUUUCUCCCCUCUGUUUCCCCCUCUAGAGAUUCAGGGGUGACGUGGUGUUAAAAAAAAAAAAGAAAAAGUAAGAAAGAAAGCACGUGCUUCUGCCAACCGAAUGUGAGGACAAAUAAUGUGUAAUUAAGAAACCGGAGUAUUACUGUCGCUGAUUCUUGGUCAGCGGUGCAGAACUAGAGUUUGAACCAGCUUUCACUUUCUGCCCCGUAAAAAAGGAGUCUCCUCGGUGAGCAGAUGUUUCCGGAGGGUACAGGUGCUACUCGCUGCGUUCGAGGAGAGACGCUUCAAUGUGUUCAAACGGUUCAAACGGUAAAGGAAGCGAAACAAACUCUUGUUCUCUUGCUCUGUUCUGUUUUGUAAUAUUUGCGUUACUUUUAUUUUAUUUGCGUAAAUACCAAACUGUUACAGUGCUUUUCUUUUUAAGUUAAAGAAAUACCACUCUGACACAUUAACAAAAAUCCAUUUAUUUGUUUUUUUCUAAACUUCAAACAGAACUGUGCAGCUGUUAAGCAACAAAAAGAGAAAUCCGUUUCUGAGGAAACUCCUUGUCGACUCCAGAAGGUUAUUGAACAAAUGUUUACUGCCAACGUUUUUCAUUUCAUUUGUCAACUGAAACCACUUUCAGCCUUUUUUUAGGGGCACUUUUCAAACUCAGCGUAGGAUUUUUAUGUGUGUUUGUUGUCGUGUCCAAUGUUAUUUGCUAAUAUAUUCAUGGGGCUAGUUUGCUUAAUGCUUCCUCUAAACUUUAUUGUUGCUAUUGUAACUCGAUGAGCCGCAUCCUGCACUCGGGUGAAAGACACGACGGUCACAGUCACACUUCUGACUCACUUAACUAAACUCAAAGGUCUCACAUUUUGCAGUUGAUUUGAAGACGACCCGACAUCUUUUUACUCACGAUCCGUCACUCGGCUCUCUGUCACGUCUGCACCUCCCGUUGUUAUUCUACGGUUUUCUUAUUUUCAACAAAUGACGUCACUCGAACAAGGAGGAAAUGCUGCAUUUGUUUGUGACUGUUUUCACAGUCAUCAUGCUGUCACGGUUGCUUUGGUUGUCAUGGUUUUUGUUGACUUUAAGAAGAAACAGAUUAUCACCACCUUAACUUUUUUUUUUCUUCUCUUUUAAUGAACUUGCCUAUAGCUGAUAGCUAUGACUGUUAUUUAUGUGAACGGCACCGAUAACGUAAUCCGGUCGACCUUGCGUUUCGCCCCAAAACAAGGAGGACUCCAUGUGUAGGAGAUGAGGUCACACGAUGACAUCACAGUUCCAAAAGUGGUGAAUAACGAGAAUGAGAUCCCAUUCUUUUUUUUUUCCCCGACAGUUAAUAAAAAAUCUGUUUUAUUUGAAGUGGCUGCUACUCACUCCGCCUCCAACGUGAUGCUGUUCUGAAGAAUACUUGUAUUAUUAAUGUGGGGAAAUGUUUUUCCUAAACAACAAAGACUAG